CUCCUCAGGUUGGGGCUGCUGUAUUUAAUAAUAGCAUGUAUAUAAUUUUAAGCUUGGGUUAAUAUACAUAAUUUAUUUAAAUUAAUUAAAUCAGGGGUCUCCAACCUUGGUCCCUUUAAGACUUGUGGACUUCAACUCCCAGAGUUCCUCAGCCAGCUUUGCUGGCUGAGGGACUCUGGGAGUUGAAGUCCACAAGUCUUAUAGGGACCAAGGUUGGAGACCCCUGAAUUAAAUGGUUAUUUAAUGGCUUGCUUCAUGGGAGGCUGUCCUUAACCUAAGGGGCUGUUGCCCCUUAAUGUCGAUCAGCGGCGUUGAAUUUUACCAUGCUUUGGUUUCCUGUCAAGUCAUCCUUAAUAUUGAGCUUGCGCUUUAAAAUGCCAAGCUUUGUCUUUUCAUUUUUAAGCUUUCGUUUUUUACCUGAAGCCCUCCUUCAUUUUCAGCUUUGGUUCAGGUGAGGGGAAAAAAAAUACCCUUGAUUUUCAGUUUGCAGUUUUCAUCGCAGGAAAGCUGCCCCCUUAAUGCAGGGGUCUCCAACCUUGGCAACUUUUAAGACUUGUGGACUUCAGCUCCCAGAAUAUUAUUAUUAUAAUUAAUUAAUUAUUAAUUAUAGAAUUCCUGGGAAUACAAAAUAAUUCCCAGGAAUUCUGGGAGUUGAAGUCCACAAGUCUUCAAGUUGCCAAGGAUGGAGACCCCUGCCUUAAUGCCAAGCUUCGAUCGACGUGGAAAAAAAUCUCGUGUGUUUUCAGCUUUGAUUUUAGAUCCUUAAUUUUUUUAGCUUUGAUUAACAAGAAGUUGUUUUUUCUUUUCUUUUUUUUUAAGCUUCGGUUAAUAUGGACCUGUUAUUUUAAAGCUUUGAUUCGUGUGAAGCUGCCUUUCAUUUUGAACUGUCUUUAACAUUAAGCUAAUCCUAAAACUGUAUUUCAAUUUUAACUUUCUUUUUACUUUCUUUUGGCUUUGGUUGAAAUGAUCCCCAUCACCCCUCAAACAGAUGCUUGAAACUGGGAGGACCCCCCCCCAUUUAUUCAGCUUAUCCUCGCCCCUCCCCUCCCCUGCCUUUGCCAUCUUCAAGCUAUUCUGGAACCUGGUUUAAAAAUGCCGUAGAUGUGGAGUGUGUGUGUCUUUAUGUGUGGUUGUGUUUAUCAGAAAGGGUUUAUGCUUGGGAUAAAUUCCUGGCUCCUCAGCCGGAGACGUUAAUAACAACAAGAACCAAAAUCUUUAAUAAUAAGGAUCGACUGGGAAGCUUCCUGAGAGGAAGAGGUUGCACCUGAUCCCGGAUCUUUAAAGAUCGAUGUGGAGAGACUAGAUUCAAAUUUAGAAAUAAAAGCGGUGGGUGUGGGACAACUUCGGAUAAGAUGGGUUUCAGGGAACCUCCUAAAUUUUGUACUACUUGUAUAACGGAACAGUAGCAUCAUCUUGGAUGACAGUACAUUGAUUUUUAAGUUUUGUCUUUUUAGUAAGUAAGCGUAUUAGAACCCAUUUUAAAAUCAGAAACGUGUUCUGUAAAAUCAGAUUUUUAACUCCGUGGCUGCGAGUUGUGUAGUUUUGUUUGGUACAAAUAUAAUAAUUGCUGUCUUUUGAUUUCAGUUGCCGAGGUGUUGUUUCUCGUCUUGAUUUCUGUAAAAAUUUUUAGAGCUCUGUUGCACAGUUCCUUUAGUCAGCAGUGCAGUUUUCCAGGCCAGUAAUAACAACAACAGAGACAGAUUAACCAGGUAUUGUUGCAUAUAUGCUGAGUUGUUAUUUGCAAAAGAGGGUUUAUUUUUUUCCUCCCUCUCCCUCUCUCUCUCUUUCUCUCUCUGUGUGUGUCAUUCUGCAGCCCAACUGCAUUACGAUGGAGGAAUAUGAGAAAUUUUGCAAGAAGUACCUGGCUAGGAUUCAAGGAGAGUUUAUGGAGAAUGGAAUGUCUCCCGUUGUUCAGUGCAGAAAUGUAUCCGUUAUUCGAUUUAAUGGGGUCCCUGUGCUUUCUCCUCUGCUGACUCUGGAGAAGAAGAAAGAACUUCAGCAAGACAGACAGAAGGCUCUGGAGCUAGAACGCUCGCGACAGAGUUCCAAACAGAGGCUUUUGCUGACCCGGGUUGAGGAAAUAGUGGCCAACGUACAAAUGAAACAGAUGUCUAGCCAAAGCGAUUUAGAUCAGUCCGAGAAAGAGAAUAUUCGUUUGGAUUUAGAAUCGGAAGCGUUGAACGGCUCUGCAACAGAACCACCCAGCGUUUUGCCAAAUUCUGCUGCUUUUGGUGAACAUCUAGAACCUAAACAGAUCCCAGAUGCUAAGCCAGUGGAUCCCCAGGGACAAGCAGACAGGACCCCUUUUGAAGGAACGGAACAAUUGAUCCUUCCUAAUCCCAUGGAAACGUCCAGUAGUCCUUUAGAAAAGAGAAUCGGCUCGGAAGAUCCGUUUCCCAGUCUUCCAAGCACGCCUCCUUCAAACGAGAUUGCCAAGAAAGAGUCCACUGACCCUGGACUAGGUGCUGGGGAAGGUCCCGACCCAUAUGUCAUGAGCCUUCAGAACCUCUUAAAAAAAUCCAGGGAGUACAUUCAGAGAGAACAGACGCGACGCAGUCUGCGGAGCAGUUCCAAACGAAACGGCAGUGGAAGCCACCCAGAUAAAGAAAACAGCGCUGUGAAAACGAGCGAGAAAGAGAGAGGGAAAUUGACGGGCAGGAAUACUCCAACCCCAGAAAAAUCCGGCCUCAUCAAGCCCAGUGCUCCUCAACCUUCCUCAGUCUCUAAAAAUCAUGCCAGCGGAGUGACCUCCCCCAGUUUUUCUAAAGUCGAUAUCCCAAUGAGGUCCGGAACGCCUCCCGUUUUGGACUCUGAUUCGGAUGAAGAAUUCAAACACAGCUCCCUUUUCGGGAAGGACAGCAUUCUCCGGAGCUUCACGGGCUCUUACUCAAAACUUCCCAGUCCGGAGCCAAGCCUGAGCCCCAAGAUGCACCGGAGACGCCCCAGGCCCUCUUCCGUAGGGCACAUCGUCAUCACCAACCCCGUGAACGCCUACGAGUUGAGUCCCAAAGCGAAGGGAAGAGCGGCGGAUUUGAUCGUUCGGGAGGCUGGAGGAAGGCCCACAGCCUCCGAUGCUGUGCCAAACCUCCCUGCGGAUCUUGCGUGUCCCCGCGAGGCUCAGGCGUUUGACAAGAGCUCUUCCGAUACCUUCAAUGAACUCGUCGUGGGCAAACACAACGAAGUGUGUCCGCUUCCGGCCAAUCGGCAGGAAGGCGGAAGCUUCCUGGCCUAUCCCAUUGCAGAAGGAGAGUCGAUGUUAGAAAACGGAGCGGCAUCAAGCGGUUGCCUUGCAAAUCUCAGCUCCCCGGAGCUUCGGGAUGUGAGCGGUGCCUUGUUGACCCAGAACCCAGCCAAAACCGAGACCCCGCCAGACAACGUCAAGGGCAGCGUAGCGGACAAAGUCAAGGGCAGCAUGGUCACGGAACUCAACAAAUCCUACGAUGUACAGCGCCCGUCGCCCUUGCUGAUGAUGCAGAUGCAGAGCAAGCCGCCUCUGGAUACCCCAGAAGUGACCCUGAAAAACGAGCAGGUUUUAGAAAACGGGUUGGAAAAGGUGAAACGGAGACUUGAGCUGGAAGUGGAUGCGGUGCAGAAGGAGAACACGCCGUGGGCUUUGUCCGCGGAAGCCGACGCACCAGAGAGGCGAUGGCCGCACGAUCAGAGAUACCCGGGCAGAGCUGGGCUCGAGGCCAAAAACGAAACCCCGGCACGAUGCCUCAGAGAAGAGGAAACAUUAAGGCAGAAGAUGCGGGCCCUUGCAGAGCUGAGGCAGAAGCUGGAAGAACAGCAUGCCCAGCAGUUGUCGUUGUUGAUAGCAGAGCAGGAACGGGAACAGGAGAGGCUCCAGAAGGAGAUCGAAGAGCAGGCGUGGAGAUUAAAAGAGGAAAAAACCGCAACUGAAAGUGGGAUCCCUCCCAUUAAUAUCGGCAGCAGCGUCGCUCUGGAGUGGAGAAAAAUCACCGAUACUAAUCUGCUGGAAUCUGUGCUGAAUCGAGUUGAGGCUGCACAUAACACCAACUUGGAGAGUGAGGGUUUGGUGAACGCCGGAUCUCCAUUCUACCUCUGGGAGCAGCCAGCAAGCGGAAAACCAGUUGUGGCAUCCAGGUCUAUUAGCCGGAGUAAAAUGAGGUGGUCUCAGGUGUACAGCCCUGCCAUGAAAAGGAAAUUCAACAAGGUCUCUGCUCUAGCCAAGGGAUUUUUAACCAGAAGACUCUUGCAGACAGAGAAGCUAAAGCACCUGAGACAAACGGUCCACGAUACCAUGGAGUUCAUCAAAAACUUCCAAUCCGAAGCUCUGUCGAAGAGAGGAAACCUCCCCACUCAAGACGCCAAUCUCCAAGAAAGAGUUGUCGCUCAGCUGCAGGCAGCACUGUAUGAUAUUCACGAUAUUUUCUUCAAAAUGGAAGCGUCGGAAAGGAUGAGCAUCUUACGUCAAGAUCGAGAAAUCCGCAAAGAGAAAAUGCUUCGGCAGCUGGAUAAAGCCAAGUCCCCAAGAGACAGAGUGACCCUCUCUACAGCUACGCAGAAGUCUCUGGAUAGAAAGAGGUAUACAAAGGCUGCGGAAAUGGGAAUCCUAAAUAAAAAAACCAUUGGGAAGCAAAAGAUCUUUGAAAACAGAGUUCUUCAGCCCAACCAAGGCCAAAACGCUCCUAUCCAACGGCUGCUGUCCAGACAAGGAACCUCUAAGGCCUCAGUGAAAGGGGCUGAGCAAAAUAGAAAGAAACCCUCAGACCACAGAGUGCCUAGCAAGGCCUUUUCAGGAGUAUCUGUCGGAAGAAUCCCAAGAAAGAAGCCAAAUGUUGCGACAACCUAAGAAGGCAGCAUUCCCUGGGCUAGGAAGUGGCUUAGCCUUGUCCUUCAAUGUUCUCCAGAUGUUCCUUCAAGGAACGUGGGUCGAGGAGAGGUCUGUGCAUGUGGUCAUGUUAGAGAAACUUAGAAGAUUCUGGAACGGAAAUUUGAAUGAAUGAAGGCGAAGGAAAGAUGGAUGUGAAUGUGAAGGCCAGCCUUCCAUUUGAGUUCUGGGUUUUUGUGCUUUGCUUAUUCCCUCCAGUAGAUGUUUUCCAGGGGAUUCUUCAAGCAGCCUUUUGAAGCGGGGCUGUAUUUUUCAAUUGUGCAAUAAAUAACCCCGGAAGCAUGAUUGCUUUAGAUGUCCAACAUUCCUGCUUCUCUCUGUCAUGUUCGAAGCACUUCUGAAAAGGAAAUUUUUGGUCUCGGCUCUCUGGAUCGUUUCCAAAGAUGGCUGCACUUUUGUGUUACGCAAACCUUCUCUUGGCCACUUCAGUUCUCUGGAAAUUAGAAGGGUCAUGAUGUUGAACAUACCUUUCUUUAAGCUUUCAGCAAAUGAUGCUAUGAAUCAGAGGGUAUAUCUAUUAUAUUCACCCACCUUUUUUCUGGCUAUGGUCUUGUUUCUGAGCAUGCUAUGAGAUCUUGUUUAUAAGAUGCUAUCAAACUUGAUUUUUGUAGUAUGCGAACUAGAAACCUCCUCUUUAACAAAUGAUGACAACUGUUAAGUGGGCAGGGAAGGUUAUUUUGCUAAACAUUUGCCUCAUUUUCUCUUUUUAAAUCCAGAUUUCUGGUGGCGUUCUUUAUGAACAACAUUUGAAUAAUGAAUGACCAGUGCUAAUAAUAAGUUGGACUAACAUUAUAUUUGUCCAAGGUUACUUAUUUAACAUUGGACUAAAUGGUAAAUUGGACUAACAUUGUCCAUCUUUUCUCUUUCAAACGUAUAACAUGGAGAUUAACCACCAUCUUAAUUUCACAGAAAAGCUGGAUGAACCAAACCAUUUCAAAAUACAAAUUGUAUUUAUGUAAAUAUUGUUUUGGAGAGGGGAGGGAAACAGUGGAUUUUAGUGUGGUUUUGAAAGAUUGAAACAAGAACAUGUUGGGAAAUAAAUUGAUGUGCUGCUUUAGCUUAGUAAUGCUUUAUCCCAGUAGCAUCUUUAGUCACAGUUAAUUUUACAUGUUCAGGUGGUAUUAAUAUUUUGCCAGUGGUAGAGGUUUUGGAUGUGGUGUCGCUGAAAUCAUUCCCACGAAUUGAAAAAUUAAGGUUCAGCUAUAAAAAUGGGGUUUAUUUUAUACAUGGAAACAGUUAUUUAUACUAAGAUGCUUAUAAACUUACGUGUAUCUUGUAAUGCUUUUAUUACAUCAUGCAGUGUUUUAAAAUCCUAUUUGGGACUGAGGCUGUCUUGAUGCCAGUUUAAAAAAAAAGUCAAGGAUUAUUGAUAGAAUGAUAAGCCAAAUGCUGGGUUAUCCUGGUUUAUUGUAGGCAAAAAUCCCAUACAGAUGGAUAAACAAUCAACAAUGUAACAGUUUAAGCAACACCCAGCCCCUGGAUUUCUCAUCCUGACUAAACCAGGAUGUAUAAGCAAACUCCAAUUUCAUGACGAGCAUUUGGUCAAACAAGCAUCUGGUUUGAACUUUGCACUAAUGCUUCAUAUUUCUGGGUUUUUUAAAAAAAAAUCUGCUUCUUUGCUUGUUUUAUCUACUUAUCUGAAGGGAGAUCCGAGUCAAUGAAUUACAGAGGUCGGCUCUGCUUUCCCGGUAAAAACAGACAAGCCACAAAUUGCAAUGUAACCAAUCAUGGUUUUAAAGAUUGCCCUUGGCUAAUUUGAGGCGCAUAAUGCAAGUGCUUGUCACGGAAAUAAUUCACUGCAUUCUGGUUUUAAAUCUAUUUUCAAUGCUCUUGCCUGAGGUUCAGAAAACCUGAACUGAAGAUUCACAAGCUGACUUAAAAAUUGUGGUUGUUGCCUUGCAUGUUAAGCUACAGUUUACAUGUUUUGUCAAUGUUAAAAGUAACCUAAUUGUGUGCUGUGGAGUUA